CUCCGCUGCGGCAUCUCCGGGCCCCCCCGCCCCGAGAGGAGCGCGCAGAGCGCCGGGCGGCUGGAGUGGUUCCGCGCGCAGAGCGCCCUGCGGCUGCAGGAGAAGCUGCAGGACCCCCGCGUGCGCGCGCAGGUGAGCUUCCCCGGCACCCCGCCGGACGGCACCCCUAUCCAGUCGGGCAUGGCGGCUCGCCCGCGGCAGCAGGAUCAGCAGCAGCCCGCGCACCACGCGGCCUCUGCUGCCACCGCCGCUGCGGCCGCGCUGGCCGCGGCAGUGGGCCUCGGCCGAGGCAGCACGGCCGCCUCCGCGAGCCGCGGCGCCGCCGCCGCCGCCGUGGAGGACGGGCGGCGCCGCCACCCCGCCGUGCCGCUGCUGCAGAUGGAGCGCGUGCGCGGAAGCCCGCCGCCAGCCCGGAAGGGG